CGCGCGCGCCCGCAGAUAUACGGUAUUCGCUUACGUGGAAAGAUGGCUGCUUUCUGCCGUAAAUUACGGCAUAUCCUCUUUUUCGUACUUUUAAACAUAAUUUGUGGUGGAGCAGAUUUGCCAGAAAAGGUCCUCUGUGCAGAUUCAAAGUGCAAAGCUCCUAUAUCUAAAGUACAGACGGUGUUCAGUUAUAAUGCUCCAGACCCCCACUACUUGUCUUUUAAGCAGUUUGAAGUUAUUCAGGUAUUUGCCAAGGAUGCGGACAAAUCUGGCUUUUGGACAGGAGAGCUGCUUAUGAAACCUGGGAAUAUUGGUCUCUUCAACAAAGAUCAUGUGAAAGAGUUAGUUGUAUUCAACAAAAGUCCUGCCCAACAUGUUGACAUUGUGGAUGUCUUUGACAAUAGAGGGAUACCACAUGGGUUAGGAGAUAAAACACCCUCUGAACCUACGGCAGAGGAAACAGAACAUCUUGAAAUAAAAGAAGAUAAUGGAACAGAUGAAGGGCAGUACCUGAGUGGCCAGGAGCAGGGACAGGAGCAUAGUGGGGGAGAACAGGACCUGAGCCAUGAUAAUCCAGACCAGACCAAGGAGCAGAAUGGAUUGGUACCGGAUAGGGACCAUGAUACAGCACAGCAGGGACAGGAGCAGAGUGAGGGAGAAAAGGUCCAAGAGCAGUUAGAAUCGGAACAGAUCCAGGGACAGGAACAGAGCAGAGAAGCCCAGGACCAAGUAGAGGAUCAGGACCACAAUGAAUCAGAACAGGAAAAACAACAAAGCAGGGAAGAGCAGGACCAGGGGGAGACUGGAAAUCUGGACCAGGACCACAUUGAACAAGAACGGGAACAGGACCAGGAGAUGAAUGCACCAGGUAGGUUUAAAUUUGUGGCAGAUCAACAACAAAGCAAGGAGGAACCUGAAUUAGUGAGAAAUCAUAUCAAAGUUGGUGAUGGACCAAAUAAUGAAAUUGGUGAUGGUUUGUCUAAUGAUAACUUUCAUAGAAGUGGAAGAAAUGGAAUCAAAUUUGAACAAAAUGCCAAAGUGCUGAUUGAUGAAAAAUCAGUGGAUAAUUUUCAAAAUGAAAGAAGAGAUAUUGAAAAUAGAGAAAAUAAUCUAAGAAUGGUUGUGCAAAGUGAAUCAUUGAUCAUAGGACAUGAGGAGAUAAAUGGGAAUGGACUUGAUGUGAAUAAAGCAAUUCAAGGAACUGUGUCUCAACAGGAUAAUCUGGAUAUAAAUAAAUCAGAUGCAAAACCUAACUUACAAGCAGAUAUUUUCCCCACCCAAAGUGAUGAUUAUUCUCAAUAUCAGUUUGAAAAAGCAAGUUUCGCUAAUGACAAACAUCAAGAUUUAUCUUUGAAGGAAUCAGAUAUUGUUAAUGUACAUCUAUCAAAAGAAAGCGUUGAUUUUACGGAACUUAGACCCAAUCCAAAGAUAGAUAUUAAGCUUGAAAAUACUGAAUUAUUUAAAAGAGAUAAGGAUACACCAUCUGAAACAUACAUUCCUCAUGAUACAGGCAACAUAGGGAAUGAACAAGAAGAAAUUGAAGUUUAUGACAAUUAUGGCAAGGAGAAAGAAGAUGAUGGCGUGGUGUUUUUCCAUCGGGAAUAUGAUGAAGAAGAGGAGGAGGAUUUUCUUGAUGAAAUCCUAGAGGCUAGGGGCAUCGAAGACAAACGUAUCGAGGAAGAAAAGAACAAACCCAAAAAAAGAAAUGCAAAGGUUGCUUCCCAUGGAGAGGACUUGGAUAAGGGCGACUUAGAGGAAGUUGAGAAAAGCCACUACGACGGUCCUGUCAAGAACGAACCUGAUGAAGAAAGGAUGAGUGUCAUCCACAAAGUUCAGCAACUGAUUUUCGAUACUCAGAAGCAGGAGAGAGUCAUCAAGGAACUGACUGAGAAGGAUCCCCCAGGAGGUCCCGAGAGGGGUGAUAUUAUGGGUGUGGAAGAAGCAGCUUAUUAUCAGGAAAUGGAGAGGGCUAUGGAAGAAGAAGAAGAACAAACAGAUUUGGACAAUGUUGUAUUUGAGAGUAGAAGGGAGCAGAUGAAGGACCGUAAAGUAGCUGAAGCCAUGGUUGAAGAAACACAAGAAGAAAUAAUGGUCUCAGAUGAUGAGGAUGAAGAAGAAUUCGAUAAGGAAGAAAUUGAAGAAAAAGAUUAUGAUGAUAAUAAGGAGGAGGAUGAAGAAGAAGAAGAGGAGGAGGAGGAAGAAGAGGAUGGGCUAAAUAUACAAGAUGGAGAAAAUGAAGAGACGAGUCAAGAUAAGAAGAAUGAAGAUUUAGAAUAUACCAAUAUAAUAGAUCAAACCAUCCUACCUGAUGAAACCUUGACAUUUAAUGAUAAGGAUGACAUUGGAAAUGAGGAAUUUAUUCAGGAAGGACUUGAGAGUGAAGGUUUGGAUGACGGAGAUGAAGGGGUAUUAGGUUUAGUGGAAAAUGAUGAAAUUGAAGAAUGGAUAAUUCAUAUGGAUCAGAAUAUAAGAGAAGAAUUGGACUACCAGAGGGAAUUUGAUGAAAAUUCUAGGGAAGGAAGAGAGAUGGAGGCCGUCCAACCAUCUAGGACUCUUGACCCCGAAGGAGAUGUGGAACACAUUGACAGUGACACUGCUUUUCAGGAGAAUAUAAUGGUCUUCGGUAAGUUGGAUGGAAAAGUGCACAAUGCUGCCAUAAUAUCAAACUGCAUACAAGCUGCAUGUGUCUCCUCACACUACUCCAUUCAUAUUGCCUAACCUUGGACUUUCAUAAUCAUCUCAACCCCAUUACACCAACUCAAUUGCCAAACUAAUACAUGCAUUAUCAAUUUAAUUAUCCGGUAAGUAAUGUAAAUAUCUGUGAAUUCUGGACAAUAUCCCUUUCAACAAUACAUUGAUUUAUUGAUGAAAUACUUUGACUUUGCCUUUGUAUUGAUUUCAAUGAGUGGGAAAUCCAUUUUUUUAACAUAAUACGUUCUGCUAGCAUAGAGUAAGUUGCAAAAUAAAGUUUGUUUUAUCUCAAAUAUUAUACAUUAUGAUGCAGUAGCAUGCGCAGGGGGGGGGGUACAGGGGUUCAACCUCCCCUAAAUUUGUUUUGGAACCUUUUUGUACGCAGGGAGGUGGUUACAGGGGUUCAACCCCCCCCUAAACAUUUUUUGAAACCCUUUUUUCUUACUCGUCAUUUUUUUGGUCUGAAACAACCUCCAAUUUUUUAUGAAAACCCCCUUUUUUGCUUGUCAACUUGUCAUUCAGCUUGAACCCCCUCCCCUUCAAAAAUCCUGCGUACAGGGGGACUGUUAUGUUGUGAAUAUACAUGAUAUCAAUUGCUAUAGUGUUUUUGAAUUGAAAUAUAAUUUUUCCUUGUAUUCUAAAUAAUGAUUGAUACAUCUGAAUAAAAUCAUGAAAAGUCAACAGUUCACAAUUUACAGAAAUAAAUGAAAACCCCCAAAAGCAAUGUACAUGUAUACACAUAUAUGUUCAUUAUUAAUUUAAUUGUAAAAAUAUUAUGUUUUACUUGUUGAAUGUGCUUUGUGUGUACUGAACUAACCUACCGCAACUGUAUGGAUUGAUGUCGAUCAUGUGUGCAUUUUGUUCUUUUGUUUUGUCCAAGUACAAGUAAUUGAUAUUCAUGCAAUUUGCUUUUGAUUGGUAAGAUUUAAGUUUGCCUGUUAUUUUAUUGCUGCUA